AUGCGAAUAGAAUUAGCUAGGUUAUUUCGCACCAUUAGAUUAAGACAUCAUUUUGGAACCAAAAUAAACCCUAUUACCUCCACUUUCAAACCACGGAGUAAUUUUUUUCCUACGACUGACCAUAUUGGCCUCAGAGUUUUUGAGAAGACAGUAUCUGAAGAAUUAUGUUGUACAAUUAUAAAGCACAAAAGAUCAUACAGUACAAAUUUUUCCAGUAAGGAAUGGCACAUCCUUCACAAUUUAGCUAAUGACAAAGAUCUGGUUUGGAAGCCAGCUGAUAAAGGUGGAGCCAUAGUAUUAAUGAACCGCACUGAUUAUAUGGAUGAGAUCCAUAGACAAUUAUCUGUAAGAGAACAUUAUCUCAAUAUAGAACGGGACCCUACACACCAUAUCCAGUCAAUUAUAAGAACGGUGACAUUGGAAGGGCUGGCACUUGGAUAUAUAUCAGAGGAUGUAUAUAAAUUUCUACAUACACCAUGGCCCAGAAUCCCUGUACUAUAUACUCUACCCAAAAUACAUAAAAACAUCAGACCGGUACCUGGCCGUCCUAUUGUAUCCGGAUCGGGCUCAGUCUUAGAACCACUAGCUAAAUUUGUGGACCACUAUUUACAACCUUUUGUGAAACAGACUUCUUCCUAUGUUAGAGAUACAAAACAUUUUAUUAACAUUAUUGAAUCCUUGGUGAUCCCAACAGAUGCAGUCCUGAUGUCUGUAGAUGUAAUAUCACUGUAUACCAAUAUUCCGUUAGAGGAGGCACGAUAUAUAUGUGAAUCAACCUUGAACAGGAGGCCUAAUCACCACCCUCCCACCUUUUUUUUGUUGGAUCUUCUUGAUAUUAUUCUUGAAAAAAAUUACUUCAAAUUGGAUGAAAAAUACUAUUUCCAAAUACAAGGUGUAGCCAUGGGCAGUCCUGUCGCGCCAGCGAUAGCCAAUUUAUUCAUGGAUAAUUUGGAGAAUGAAACUAUCUUGAAUCACACAAAGAACCCUGUAGCGGACGGCAUUAUCAAAUAUUGUAGAUUUAUUGAUGAUAUCUUUAUCAUUGUUAAUUCACAUCAGGAGGCAGUAACGUUAUUAUCCUGGAUCAAUACAAUUCACCUCAAAAUUAAAUUUACAGGAAACAUCAGUUCUACAUCCUUGAUUUUUCUAGAUGUCGUGGUUACAAAGGAAAAUGAUCGAUUGAAAGUGAGUAACCACCGAAAAACCACUGAUAGAAACUCCUUGUUACAUUACAACAGUUACCAUCAUUGGGCAUUAAAAAAUAAUUUACCCUUUACACAGAUGCUCAGGAUUAAACGCAACUCCUCUACCCUACAGGACUUCAAUCAGGAAAUGGAAGAGACAAAAAGCAGGUUCAGAAAUCGAGGUUACCCAGAGUCCAUAAUACAAUCAGCCUACUCGAAGGUUGCCAGUAUUCCUAGAUCUAAACUCCUAGAGGACAAAAUUAGACCAGGAGUAGACAGAUUGAUAUGGCCACUCACACUUACAAGUUUGUCCAAUCUAGCCAUCAAAACUGUUAAAAAGUACUGGAACUUAAUAAGAGACAUCCCUGGAUGUGAUAGACCCCCUUUGGUAGCAUAUAAAAGAACAAGGAAUAUUGGGGAUAUAUUGGUACAUUCAAACAUAACCAAUAGGCCCCGGACUGUAAAAUCUAAUCUGGUGGGCAACUAUCGCUGCCAUCAUUGUUCAGUAUGCAGCCAAUUGAUAGAGACCAAAAUCUUGACACACCAACAUCUAUCAUUCGAAUUUAAAUUUCCCCAUUUUGCCACCUGUACAACCAAAGGGGUUAUUUACAUGAUAAUUUGUGAUUGUAAUUUAUCAUAUGUGGGGCAGACUCGUCGAGAAGUUAAGAGCAGAAUUAUAGAGCACAGGAGCAAAAUACGAAAUCAUGUCAGAGAAUCCAUACUGUACAAACAUUUCUGUGAUCUACAGCAUAGUCCUGAAUCAUUCAAAUACCACAUACUAGAAGUAGUAUCACAAUCCAAACAUAUGGACUUCAAUAAUAAACUUUUGCAAAGGGAAACAUAUUGGAUUUUCAGAUUACGGACAGAACAUCCACAGGGCUUAAAUGAACAAAAUUCAUACAGUUGUUAUAUAUAGAACCUUAGCAUACUAUAAAUCCCUAAUUGAAUACACCCAAUACAAUAAGGGUACUCAUAGCACCAUCUGGUGGUAUUUCUUCUAUAUCUUCAUAUAAACCUUUCUGUUUCUUUAACAUCUUCCCCUUUAAAUUGAGGCAACCCCUUGAUGCUUUUCAUACUCGCAAUUAGAACCUAACACACAGCAGAGUAUCCCGUGAGUAUAUACUGUUUUAGAAAUAUACAAUUUGUUUAAAAACAAAUUUUUGGAUGUUUGUAACUCUUUAAUGCUUAUGGCCACUCCUUGUUCCUUUGACCUAGAUUCCACUGUAAAAAACAGGUAUCUCUAAGGAGAACAAGUGUUAAAUUUGGAACUAUACCACCAGAGGAAGGCCUGAUGCAGGGCCGAAACCGGUCGUGGCGAACUUACUCUUCUCGGCAUUAGAAUAUACAACGCCGAUUGCACUUCAAUGUAUAUUGGACAAUCCAUUUGAGGCUGCUUGUUAUUACUGUGAAUUUAACGCCGACUGCAUUUCAAUGUAUAUGGGACAAUCCAUUUGAUGGUGUUUGAUAUUACUGUGAAUUUAAACAGUAUACUAAUUUGCCAGAUAUAUUAUUUACUGAACUGAUUCAUUUUCAAUUGUAUAUAUAGGAGGUCAUUUGUGUUUGAGUUGACUCAGGAACCCAUUUAGAGUGUU